GAUACUGCAGACAUGUCAGGUCCUGCAGAGUCAUGCACCAGGAACAAACGGAACCACACAUUGCACGGCUUUAUGUCUUUAUUAUCAUGUUUCUGUUGUACUAUUAUCAGCUUUAAGUCGCUUCUGAGGAGUUAUACGUGUGUGUUGCUGCUCUGAGAUCAGAUUCCGAAGCACCGAGGAGCAUUACUGAAGAGAGCUGGGAGAAGCACUCAGAUCUGAAGCAACAGUACUCAGAGUGCAGUGUGAAGUACUCUGUCAGUGUUCGUAAAUACAGAAGCUGGUGAAGCAUGGGGAACCUGAUCAAAGUUCUAACGAGAGACAUCGACAACAAUGGAGGAAACUUCUUCCUGGACUUUGAGAACGCUCAGCCCUCCCUCUCGGAGACAACGCUGUGGGAGGAGGUGAAUGAGGUUCUGCUGGAGGCUCGGCUGGUUCUGCAGCAGCUGCAGGAGUACAGGGGGGCGGGGGAGGAGAUCCGGCAGGCGAUCCAGAGUCCCAGUGUGGGGGGGGUGCAGGAGAAGGCCUGGUCCGCUGUGGUUCCUUUGGUUGGGAAACUGAAAACCUUCUAUGAGUUCUCCCAGAAGCUCGAGGUGAGUCUGCGCUCCCUCCUGGUUGUCCUCACCUCCUCCGGCUCCACCCCCACUCAGCAGCUGGAGCAGAAACAGGCUCUGGCUCGACAGUUCGCUCACAUGCUGCACUUCACGCUGCGUUUCGACGAGCUCAAGAUGACGAACCCGGCGAUCCAGAACGACUUCAGCUACUACAGACGCACCAUCAGCCGCAUGCGCAUCAACAACCUGGCUGCCGACGCAGGAAAUGAGGUCAACAACGAGCUGGCCAAUCGGAUGUCUCUGUUUUACGCCAGCGCCACGCCAAUGCUGAAGACGUUAAGUGACGCCACGUCAAAGUUCGUCUCCGAUAACCCAGAACUCCCGCUCGAGAACACGACAGACUGUCUGAGUACGAUGGCCAGUGUGUGUAAAGUGAUGCUGGAAACACCGGAGUACCGCAGUCGUUUUGCCAGCGAGGAGACGGUGCUGUUCUGCCUCCGUGUGAUGGUCGGCGUCAUCAUCCUGUACGACCACGUUCACCCUGCAGGAGCCUUCGUUAAGACUUCCAAUAUAGACAUGAAAGGCUGCAUCAGGGUGCUGAAGGAGCAGCCGCCCAACAGUGUGGAGGGGUUACUCAACGCUCUCAGGUAUACGACCAAGCAUCUGAACGAUGAGGCGACCUCCAAGCAGAUAAAAACCAUGUUGCAGCCAAAUUAACUGAAACUGAAACUGGAAAGAUAAAAAGUGUUGUGGUCCAAAUUUCAAGAAAAACUACUGAACAAACCUUUAGCUAAUAUUUCUGUUUCACCUCAAAUGUUGUUGUUUUUUUAUUCUCGAUUGAAAAUCAAGCUGUGUUUUGUUGUUGUACAAAAAAAAGAAAACAAGAAAAACAAUGUUUUAAUUUCAUGAUGCAAGAAAAAGAGGUAAAACUGUGCUUUUUGGUAAAAGUAAAUAAAUAUGGAGACAAGGUACGGGGGGCAAUUUCUGCAAUAAAAAUAAGUCGUACAUUUAGAAAGAAAACGGGAAAUAUUCUGUUUUCUUUUAACAGAGAAUAAAGUCAUGUUAAGCAUUAAAGUACGGAUUUUACGAAGAUAAAUUCUCACAUUUACAAAACCAAAACUUAAAAGAUUGUUAAGAUUAUUUAGUCCAAUAAUUGUUUUUACAAUUUCCAUCAAAAAAACAAGAUAUUUAGACAAAUCCUAAAAUAUCAAAUAAUAAAAAUCCAAAACAAAUAUAAAAAUAUUUCUGUUUUUUGUUGACCGUUCUACUGCAAGAUUUUGUCAAUAGAUAAAAUAAAACAAUUAAAAAACCGAGUCAAACAUUUCAUCGUUAAAAUGUAAAAAAAAAAAAAAAAAAAACACAAUUUCCACAAAAAUGUAAAAAUGAAAUCCAAAAAUGAUUUAACUCUUUUUGGGAAAAAUUCUGAAAAACAAAAUCAAAAAUAUUCAAGAGAAAAAAAAAAUGAUUUCAAACAUUUUCAAACAGAAAUUGGCAAUCGUUAAAUAAAGUAACUUAAAGUCAAACAUUUCUGGGAAAAAAUGAAUACAUUUUUUUUUUAAAUCAAGAAAAUAAUUUAACUUCCAUAAAAAGAUAAUUCCAUUUUUCAGGAUUUUUUUUUCUCCAAGAACUCAAAACGUUUUCAAGUAAAAACCACAAUUUCCUGAAAUGAAUGUUUCUGUUUUGUAAGAAAAAUCCUGAUUUCCAAGAUCAAAUGAUCCCCGGUACCCUGUCGCCGUAAUGUGAUGUCCGUUUUUCCGAAGGCUGAGAGAUACAGCCUCAUGGUCGAUGCAUUUCUUUAUCCGAAAAGUUUAAAUAUUAGAAUUGUGUGUGAUUUUUGUUGAAAGAAGUUUUGGAUUAUUUAAGAAAGGAAGACGGUACUGAUACGAGGAAACCUCACAUUUAGUUUGAAACUGAUCUGAUCAGUGUUGACUGGAAAUCUUUUAUUUUAUUUUGUGUUAAUGCUUCAGUGUCAGGGAUUGUAUAGCAGUAAUUGUUCUUAAUGAUGUCUAUGUUGGCCAAAUAAAGUUUUUACAUUUUUAAGAAAAA